AUGGGCAACACAGUUGAAGGAGAAUCUAAUAACACCACCACACCACAAAAGUUUGUCAUCGGCGUAGAUUUUGGAACUACAUUCACAUCCCUUUUGAGCAUUAAGAAUUGGCCAGAUGAUUUGAGUAGUGGUGAUGCGGGUGGGACUCGACCUCAAGUACCGACUGAGACUUGGUACUCAACAAUUCCUUUGUCAAGGGAGGCGCCUGAGGAUAUUGAUGAGGACGGUGGAACAUCAGAAGAAUUCGUAUACGCUGAUAACAAUCACCCUCUAACGAGUAUUGAAGACCCAAAUAUCGAUUCGCAGCCGGACAAUCUGGAUUUAGUUGAACGUUUCUCAGAGUUCUUCUGGGGUUAUCAGGUACAUCACCAGCAGUACAGAGAGAACAUUUCCAGGGACACUAGAACUAGAGUCAAGAGAUCCAAGUUGUGGCUGGUCCAGACACCUUACACGCGUGAAGAUCGUAUUGAGUUAGUACACAUCAUUGAAUAUCUUAUCGAAAAUUACUUCAUUCGAAAACAUGGUUUAAAGGAUGAGCCCGAUGUAAGGGAUGUACUCGAUACAUUUAUAGAUUUCCUGGUGAAGGUCCUGCAUCAUACCAAGGAGCAACUUACUCAGCUACACAACUUUUCUCAUAGCUCUGUUGUUGAGUUUUCUUUGACUGUACCAACAAUCUGGAGCCCGAAAGCAUCUCGUAUCCUCCAAAAUGCUUUACAGACCGCAGCAAGAGUUACUAAAUUUGGAGAUAUGUCAACAAAGAAAGCCGUUAUACCAUAUACUGUAUCGGAGCCAGAAGCAGCUGCAAUUUACAUGCUGGCGCGAGAUAAUUCAGUACAUCCAGGAGAAACGUUCAUUAUUGCUGAUUGUGGUGGAGGCACGGUCGAUAUUGUCACGCUACGGGACGAACAUUAUCUACUUGAUAUCUGGCCUGAAGGCGAAACUUUGGAGUCCAUUGUAAAUCGUUUCUUGCCAAAUUUUGAAAAUGAGUUUAAGAGACGCAAAGAUUUCACCGCUAUUUUUGGUCUUAAGACUCGUAUUCCCCUCCCUGGACUAAGACCAAAUGCAGAGAAGAGAUUCGACGACGGUUAUAUCGUCAUCUUGAAACAAGACUGGGAAGGAGUAUUCAAACCCCUUCUAGAGCGCGUGAAGAAUUUAUUGCAUACACAGUUGUGUGCUGCACUUCAAAAGAAUUUCAAAGUCAAAACAGGAAACGAUGCCUCUGGAUAUCCAGUCACGGCUGUAUCUUGUGGUGCAGUCCUUGCUGCUUUGAACAAAACAAAUGGUCCAGCACGAAGAGCCCAAUCUAGCUAUGGAUUAUUUCGCAAAGAGCCUUAUCGACCGAACGUACCAGGUUUUGAGGGGCACAGAAACUGCAUUCCUAGCAAUUGUCCAAUUGACGGCGAUCAGUAUAUUCAGCCGGUCGAAUCGAAUCCGAUGACUUUCCUCAAAAAGGAAAAUAAGAUUCAAUUACUAAAAGACGAAUAUGGUAGUAUAAGCAAGGCUAAACCGCAUUAUCGUGUCGAGCUAGAGAUAUCCGCUGAAUUGAAUGGUAUGUUGCUGGAGUACUCUGCUAAAUGGACUGGACCUGGCGGAAAACUUUUAAGGUAUUGA